GUGAUGAUGUCUUCCUUCCAGGAUUUCCUUUUUCUGGGUUGCCUUGCAGCUUACCUACCUACCUACCUACCUACCUACCACACUCGCCCCCUCCCCUCCCCCUUCCUUCCUCGCCAUGCUUGUUUGGACUACGCAGGUGCGUGUCUCGUAUGCCAUAACUGCACAUGUGGUCAUCGAUGACCACGUAGAUGGAGGAAGAAAAAAAAAAAAGACGAGGCCGGGAAGCCAAAGCCAAGGGCCCAAGACGUGUCAAAAAAUCCGGGGUUGCGUUUUGCCGAGCUCUGGUUGGCCUUGUGGGCUUUGCGCUAAAGCCUCCAAUAUCUGACGAUGGGCAAAUGCAUGUGUACGCCUCUUCCUAGCAUGAAUAGGUAGGUAGGUAGGUAUAUGUAG